AUGCGCUUCUUGAAGGUCGUUCAAGAGAAAGCUCCGGAUCGAUUGGAGGCUUCUACGGAUAAACUAUAUGAAGUGGUUUUCGAGAAUAAAGUCGAAGUCUCUGACAAUAUCGCCGGAGUCCUGGGAUCUUUAUCGCCGGCGCCGUUCGAGGCAUCAGCGCUGGAAGAGUAUGUGCGCCUAUCGAGCAGCACAGAGACGAAGGAGAGGGUGAAGCAGGACGCCGAGCGCCUGGUGGCUGAGGGCGCUUUCGGAUUCCCGUGGCUUGAAGUCUGCAAGCCCGACGGCCAACGACUGACCAUAUUUGGCUCGGACAGAUUCGAGUUCUUGGCGGAUUGGUGGGCCACUUCGUUUCCCUUUUUCCAACAACUAUCGUGUCUUGUCCAUCUGGAGAUCACUGAUAGUAAUUGGCAACCCUUCUACCUUAAUCAUCCAUCCGCCGGCUCACCAAAAUAUUCAUUGGUUCAACUGAUCAAGGCUUGGUCAAGAAUGGAAAGGGCCCAAUCCAUCUGUGGUGCCUCCAAAAAGCCGUCUCUAGUGUAUUUGUCUCAUUCAUGGCCGGCGAUAUAG